AUGCCUACGGAAGCUGGACACCGCCUCUAUGUCAAGGGCCGACAUCUGAGCUACCAACGCGGCAAGCGCAACACAACCCCCGGCACCAGCUUGAUCAAGAUUGAGGGUGUGGAUGAUACCAAGGCAGCAACUUUCUACCUCGGAAAGAAGGUCGCUUUCGUCUACCGCGCGCAACGAGAGGUUAGAGGAUCCAAGAUCAGAGUUAUCUGGGGAAAGGUUACCAGACCACAUGGCAACUCCGGUGUAGUACGAGCACAGUUCAGACGCAACCUCCCCCCCAAGUCCUUCGGCGCAUCGGUUAGAGUUAUGCUGUACCCAUCCUCGAUAUAA